AUGAUCAACCUUCGUUUCCUCUUUGCUCUUUCCCUAAUUACAACAUUUUCAUCACUUGCAUUUGCAGCCCAAGACGACCCAGAUGGGAAACUAUUUGUUAGCUGCCUUCUAAAACGUGAUCCCACAAUUUCAAACGUAAUUUACACACCCAAAAACACACAGUUUCUUACCGUUUUGGAUUUCUUGAUCCAAAACGCCCGUUGGGAAAACCCUCAGACCCCAAAACCAAAAGCCAUUCUCCGACCAACUAACGAAUCGCAUAUUCAGUCCGCGAUUUCCUGCGUCCAACUGGUUUACAAAUGGCAACAAAUUGCCCGUAAAUUGCCAGUUGAUCUUACUCUUGAUGUUGAGUUUCGACGAAUCAUUUCGGCUCAAACCGGAAACCUAACCAGUUACGCCGAGUUCUUGACGGCGCAUCACGGCUCAGUUGAUGAACUAGUUUCGAUCUUUGAUCAGUUCUUCCCUGAGUUAAACAUGACAAAAGAUGAUUGCCAAGAAAUGCCUUUUAUCGAUGCGUAUCCUUUCUUGGUUGAUCAAACACCAAAAAGUGUGAAGGAUUUCUUAACAACAAGAGGAUCACCUCUUGGAAAGCCUUAUUUCAAAUGGAAAGUUGAUUUCGCACAAGACACUAUCCCUCCAGAAGGUAUAUCAAAGAUAUUCGAUGAGCUUGAGAAAGUUCCACCAUUUACAACACAAUUAGGAUGGUCGGUUUUCGGAGGAGGGAUCAUGGACGAGAUCCCGGAAUCCGAAAUCCCGUUUCCUCAUAGAGGCAAGUUGAUGAUCAUGCGCCAGAUUGUAUAUUGGAAUGGGAAUGAUACUUCUUCAGUGGCUCAAUCACGUGUAGAUUGGGUAAGAGGGGUUGCUGAAAUACUUGGAAAAUACGUCCCGGAUAACCCUAGAGCUCAAUAUGCUGAUUAUCGUGAUCAUGAUUUGGGAGUUAAUAAUGCUUUUGGUAGAACCAGCAUUCAACAAGCAAGAAAAUGGGGUGUGCCAUAUUUCAAGGACAAUUUUGACAGGCUAGUCAAAGUGAAAACUUUGGUUGAUCCUACAAAUUUCUUCAAGUAUGAACAGAGCUUCCCAUCUCUUCACUAA